GAUUCGUUUAAUAAGAUCAUUUCAAAGUUUGACUUAUACGAAAUUGGAUGAAGUGUUAAUAAUAUGUCUAGUUCGGGAAAUCAGUGAUUAAAGUGAUAUUAGACAUUUACAUAGUUCUUAAGUUAAUAUUAUUUUUUAGGAUUUAAUUCCCUCGUACUUACCUAACACUAACAGUACCUGCUGUCAAUAAAUGCUGUUACGGACUGUCAGUUCAAAACAAAAAUGACGAAUAGCAAUAAUAAUUUUGAUAGUCUCCGAAAUAAUGGUUCCCUUAAGCCGACAAUUGUUUCCGGAAUGGAUAAAACCGACGAAGUCAAUUCGGUUCCCUUGGGUGAACAAUCGAAAGCUAUUUUUAGACAGCAACUUAUGGUGUUUUUGAUAAACAUUGGAUUACUUGUUGGUGGAAUAAGCUUAGCUCUGCCAGCUGUAACCCUCGAUCAACUCACCGAUCCAAAAGAAGAAUUCCACCUGGACAAAUCACAAUCAUCUUGGUUUGCUUCCGCCAGUUCUAUAGCUUGUCCAGUUGGAUCGUUUUUAAGCGCUGUCAUGAUUGAUAGGCUUGGAAGAAAGAAGACAAUAGCUGUGACAAAUGUUAUAGCAAUCAUAGGAUGGGCCUUGAUGGGUUUCCAAUUGAGUGGAGAUCCUAGUUUGAUAUUUAUGCAGUUGAUAGCUUCUAGAUUUAUUUCUGGCAUAGCUACUGGAAUGGGAGUCUCGCCGGCUGGUGUUUAUGGAGCUGAAGUAUGUUUGCCCAAGAUUCGUGGCAGACUCACUAUGGUAAUAUCGAUGGCUGUUGCUGCUGGAGUUUUGUUCAUCUACAGUAUUGGAUACUUUAUAAGAGAUGACUGGAGACUUAUAGGAAUGAUACUGUUUGGAUAUCAGAUAGCUUGUUUUAUUAUUUUGAGUUUCGUCAAAGAAACACCCGGAUGGUUGCUGUCAAAAGGGCGAGUUGAAGAAGCUAAGGCUUCAUUGAAAUAUUUCAGAGGGAUUGAAACGGAACAAGUUCAUGAGGAAGUAGAAACGGAAUUCGAAGUUCUAUUGAAAACAAUUCAACUUAAAGCUGGCGAGAAGAAAGCAUCGUUGCUGAAAUCACUUCGCCUACCCGAAGUACGGAAGCCUUUUAUUGUAGCCGUAGUUUUCUUCACGUUGCAGCAAUUUUCCGGAACUUUCGUAGUCAUUGUGUAUGCUGUUCAGAUUCUUAACAAAUCUGGCAUAGUCAUUGAUUCAUUUUUAUGUGCCGUUUGCAUUGGAAUUGCUCGAUUCUUCGUUGCCACAUUUGUUAUGACUUGGGAAUUGGAAAAAUGGAAUCGCAAACAAGUUGGAAUUUUUUCAUCCUCCUGCAUGGCCUGUUGCAUGCUGCUCUUAGCUGGCUCAAAUUGGUUUACAUGGCUACACAUACCUCUACUUCCGGCGUUAGUUAUGAUAACUUUUGUCUUCGCUGCGGCGGGGUUAUGGGCAUUGCCAUUUUUAAUUUUACCAGAAAUAUUUCCUCAAAAAGUUCGUGGAACUUGUUGUGGGUUGACAAUUGGUAUUGCUUAUUCGAUGUCAUUUUGUGCUAUAAAAUCAUUCUAUUUUAUGGUUGAUUUUAUGGGAGAUGGGAAUGUCUUUGCAUUUUAUGGUAUUAUGGGAACAGUGACCUCGUUAUUUAUAUUGUUCUUUAUUCCUGAAACAAAGGGUAACACUUUUAUGGAAAUCGAAGAAUAUUUUCGAACUGGAAGAAAAGGCAAAAAAGAACAAGAAAUUGAAGUCGAAAUGAAAGAAGUUUUCAUUGAAAAGAAAAGUGAAAAUGUUGAAACUAAACUUAGUGAAAAUUAUUAAGUUGAAUAAAAAAGAUAAAGUGAGAUGGGAAUUACUUAAAGUAUUGUUUAUAAAAUAGGUUUAAAUAUUCACUCAUAAUACCUAUGUAAGAUGUAAGACUAGAGUUAUUAAAAGGAAAACAAAAUAUUUAUAUAAAUUGUUAUGUACAUAGUUUUUGUAUUUUCAUUAUUUUUUUAAUACACUGUUCAUUAUUUCAUGGAUUGAUAAAAGAAAUUUCACAAUAAGUGU